AUGCUAUUAUCAACAUCCCUGCGUUUACUCUAUCCUGCUAUCUCAUUUAGUUCACUACUUAAGCUCAAGUCUUCAACUCCAAGGUGUUUUCGUCUUCAAGAACCAAUGGUCGGUUCAGGUUCGGCUAUGGAUACUUCAAGUUGCACGUUGGUGCUGUGUGGGAAGUCGUCGGUGGAGAAUGAAAUUGCUGAGUCUCUGAAGAAGAAUGAUACUAUUAAGCUUUCUGAAAACAGUGACUUGUCUGUGUUCAUGAAAUCAGAAGUUGAUAAAUUGUAUAAACAGGAGGAGAAAUCUUUCGAUCUGGAACUUUACAUGAAUUGCCUUUCAACACUGCGAUUCGGGAGACUUUUAAUUUGGUCCCCCCUAAUAACUUCCACUCAUGAUGUUGUUUCCAGCAAUUUUAGUGAUCUUCCGAUUGGCACAGUUUGUGUCGCUGACAGACAAUAUAAAGGACGAGGUCGAUCAAAGAAUGUUUGGGAAUCUCCUGUUGGUUGCUUACUGUUUUCAUUCACGGUUCAGAUGGAGGAUGGGCGAGCAGUUCCUUUGCUGCAGUAUGUCGUUUCACUUGCUGUUACAGAGGCAAUAAAGGAAGUUUGUGAGAAGAAUGGAUUACCUUAUAUUGACGCUCGAAUAAAAUGGCCAAAUGAUAUUUACUUGAAUGGCCUCAAGGUUGGAGGUAUUUUAUGCACUUCGACCUACAGAUCGAAGAAGUUCAAUAUUAGUGCUGGCAUUGGUUUGAAUGUUGAUAAUGACAAACCGACUACAUGCUUGAAUGCCUUCCUAAGAGAUAUGUCCCCUGCAGCUUGCUGCUUAACCAGAGAGGAAAUUGUGGCUUCAUUUUUCAAUAAAUUCGAAAAGCUUUAUGACUUGUUUAUAAACCAAGGAUUUGGACCUCUGGAGGAACUCUACUGUGGAACUUGGCUGCACAGUGGGCAAAGAGUAAUCAUUCAAGAAAACAAUAAGGAUCAAGUUAUGGUGAGUGUGGUAACUGUUCAGGGUUUGACGUCUUCGGGGUAUUUGUUGGCUAUGGGUGACGACAAUCACAUGUAUGAGCUUCAUCCUGAUGGAAAUAGUUUUGACUUCUUCAAAGGAUUAAUCAGACGGAAACUUCAAUGA